AUGGCGGCUGGAGAUGAUUCUUCUCAGGGCAUGAAGCUCAAGGAAGCGAUGAAGGAAGUACUCAAGGAGUCUCUGAAGCAUGAUGGGUUGGCAAGAGGUCUACGUGAAGCUGUAAAGGCAUUGGACAAACGUCAAGCAUAUUUGUGCAUUGUUGCUAAGAACUGCUCUGAGGCUGGUUAUCUUAGGCUGGUCGAAGCACUCUGCAAGGAACACCAAAUCAGUCUCCUGAAAGUAGAGGAUAAGGAAGAACUGGGCGAAUGGGUUGGUCUUUGCAAGAUUGAUAAAGAUGGCAAGCCAAGGAAGAUUGUUAAAUGCAGCUGUGUUGUUGUAAAGGAUAUUGGUACUGAUACUGAAGCUUGGAGUACUGUACAAGAAUACAUAAAGACCCAAACAGCUGCUGCUGUUUGA